AGCUUGGGGUGUAUACAGUCUGAGCUUUUGCUUCCACUGGGAGGGCUUCGGGAACAGUGCGUCCAGAACUUCCAAGAGCUGCAAGUAUUUGCUGAAAUAUCUCUUCUAAAAUGAAAGCCAUGGUGGAUCUGCUCACUUUUUGUGGCAAAUUUACAUGUGGCUUUUUGGAGGCUUUGUUUUACUUCAUAGUUCCAAGGCCAAAGAAAAAUGUUGAAGGUGAAAUAGUCCUUAUAACAGGAGCUGGAAGUGGAAUUGGACGAUUAUUAGCCUUAAGAUUUGCCCGUCUUAAAGUUAUCCUCGUUCUCUGGGAUAUCAACUCAGAAAGCAACCAAGAAACUUGUGAAUUGGCCAAAAAAACUGGUGCAUCAAAAGUGUAUACAUAUACCUGUAAUUGUGGUGAAAGGCAAGAUAUCUACCGAGUGGCAGAUCAGGUUAAAAAAGAAGUUGGUGAUGUCACCAUUCUUAUUAAUAAUGCUGGAGUUGUAACAGGAAAAGAUUUUCUUGAGAUUCCAGAUGAAUGUGUGGAAAGAUCAUUUGACGUGAACUCUAAAGCACAUAUCUGGACUUACAAAGCCUUCCUUCCUAGUAUGAUUGCUAAUAACCAUGGGCACUUGGUGUGCAUUUCAAGUUCAGCUGGAUUAGUUGGUGUAAGUAGGUUAUCAGAAUAUUGUGCAAGUAAAUUUGCAGCCUUUGGAUUUGCUGAAUCCAUGUUUUUAGAAACAUUUGCCCAAGGAAACACUGGGAUUAAAACAACCAUUGUUUGCCCAUUUUUUAUAAAAACUGGAAUGUUUGAAGGUUGUUCUACUGGAAAUCCUUUACUGUUGCCAAUUCUAGAGCCAGACUAUGUAGUCAAUAAGAUAAUUAAUGCAAUUCUAGAAGAACAAGUUUACCUGUUUUUACCACGAUUUUUAUACUUUAUAUUAUUUUUAAAAAGCUUUUUACCAACCAAGUCAGGAUUGGCUGUGUGUGAAUACAUGAAAAUCUUUGAUGUAAUGAAUAAGUUCCAAGGACGAGUAAAGAAGGACUGAAAACCAAACUCUAAAGAAGAUAUAAGUAAUUCAAAUCCAGUGCUGCCAAAUAUUUAUUAUUUCAAUGAAUAAAUGACUAAUGCUAUUUGACACAAUUUCUGAACACUUAUGAAAUACACAUGUACUACUUAGGCUAAUACUUAAUUUUACCUAAUCAUUCUACUCCCUACCCAUCCUGAAAUAUAUGUGUAUGCUAUAUGAGAUUUUUUUCUAUUCUAGGAAUGGGUUGAUAUUCUUCUUUUCAAAGAUCUAAGCCCAAUCUUGAUAUGCCACUUGUACUCUGUUUUGGGGAGGAAGGAGAGAAAGAGGAUAUCAGAUAGAUAUCAGAUAGUCUAUUCUUAGUGAUUCUUUCCCUCACCCCAAUGUUUGAGUGACUUGAAGGAGGAUUCCAUAUGAACCAGGCUGCAUCUGGCUACAGUGGGGUUAGCUAAGAUCCAAAAUGUAUUUAUAUAAGUGACACCAUGCUUGCUCCCCUAACCACUUUUUCUUUUUCAGCAUGCUUAACCUAGUACUUUUUGAAACAGAGAAAGAUGGUCUUUCAUUUUCUCCUCCUAAAACAGUAACACAAGGAUACCAUCUAUUUGCUCAUCACUAUAACCUAGUCACCUGAGGUACCAAAUGGGACAGCUAAAUUUCAGAUAUGUCCAACCUAUUCAAAGCUACCUCACAUUAUAUACAUUUGCAUAAUUUUAGAAAGGUCUCUUAGGCAAAAAUACCUUUCAUUCGUUUAGAGAAACUACCUCCCACCCCAGAAAUAGACCUCACAAUAAGUUUCAGGCCUUUCUAUAGGGCAGUUUCAGAAUAGUUUCUUUUUUACUAUUUUAAAAUGAUCCCAAAUUAUUCUGUGGCAUUUAGUUUAGUAUUUAAGCUACUAGAUCAAUCUAGUGUUUGUAAUUUAAAAUUUACUAAAAUUUUUACAGAUAAUAAAAAAAUUUGUAUACAUAAUCUUCAAUAGUGUUAUGCUAUCCAAUUGAUUGUAUUUUUAUGCCAGUUUGAAACUGCUCUUCAUCUCUACAAAACUCUUUACCAUUAGGAAAACUUUACAACUCAGCUAUUUAUUGAUGGCAUCUUCAAGACAAACUAUGGAAGACCUAUUUUAAGUUCCUUCCAUUCCUUUCCCCUGCCCUGAUAUUUUUGGUAGAAAGAAAUAAAGAAUAUCCUAGAAGAUCCUUAGUAAAAUGCUAAGAUUUGAAAAUCAAUGGUCCUCCAUCAGUGGUAUGGAAGUAUUUGGAUGAUUAGGAAGUAAAUUGUUCCCUGCCUGUGAUUUGUUAAGCCUUAGUCUUUUGCAACUUGUAUAACUAACCUUUAUCUUCAUUUACUUGUAUUUUUCUCUGUCUAUCAUCUCCUCUUCAUUGUGUUCAUUGUGUAACUUGAGAUCUUGAUUAAUAACUGUUGAGAAUCUGAGAAAAUAAAGGUAAUAUACAAUACAAAA